ACCUGUCAAAUCUAUUACCCAAAUUUCCAUCGUCACACAAAUACUUUUACAAUUUUUGCAAUAAUUAAAAUUAAAUCACACAUUUUCAACCAUGGAAGACAAUUUUGAGCCCCUGGAACCGUCUCUACGUAACGUAAUUGAUCAAAAGUCGCUAAGAUGGAUUUUUGUCGGAGGAAAAGGCGGUGUGGGCAAAACUACAUGCAGUUGCAGCCUAGCCGUGCAAUUAGCAAAGGUCCGUGAAUCAGUGCUUAUCAUAUCCACUGAUCCAGCACACAACAUCUCUGAUGCAUUCGACCAGAAAUUUUCCAAGGUGCCCACAAAAGUUAAAGGUUUCGAGAACCUAUUUGCCAUGGAGAUCGACCCCAAUGUUGGGUUGAAUGAGCUUCCAGAAGAGUACUUUGAGGGGGAGACUGAGGCGAUGAGGCUUGGCAAGGGAGUCAUGCAGGAAAUUGUCGGGGCCUUCCCUGGUAUUGAUGAAGCUAUGAGCUAUGCUGAGGUAAUGAAACUGGUGAAGGGUAUGAACUUCAGUGCGGUGGUGUUCGACACGGCCCCGACGGGACACACGCUGCGGCUGCUCUCCUUCCCGCAGGUCGUGGAGAAGGGGUUGGGGAAACUCAUGCGCCUGAAGUCUAAGGUGGCGCCGUUUAUAAACCAAGUAGCGGCACUAUUCGGGCUCGCAGAGUUCAACUCAGACAUGUUCAGCAACAAGAUGGAUGAGAUGCUCUCCGUCAUCAGACAAGUCAACGCGCAGUUCAAGGACCCGAAUCAGACCACUUUUGUGUGCGUUUGCAUAGCCGAGUUCCUGUCUUUGUACGAAACUGAACGACUAGUGCAGGAGCUAACACGGUGUGGCAUCGACACGCAUAAUAUCAUUGUGAAUCAGCUGCUUCUACACACGUCAGCCCCGUGUGAGCUCUGUGCCGCUCGCCAUAAGGUCCAAGAGAAGUAUUUGGAGCAAAUAGCAGACUUGUACGAGGACUUCCAUGUUACGAAGCUCCCACUGUUAGACAAGGAGGUCCGCGGGGCAUCGGCUGUCAACUCCUUCUCAGAACAUUUGGUGAAGCCGUAUGCAGCUCAAACUUAGGUUUUAGUUGAUUAUUUUAUUAAAUGUUUUUGCGUUAUUUGGGCGGUAGAUGUCUAGCAUGUUACUUGUUUUAGUUGGUUACAUACUCAUUGGCGUUCUGGACAUCUACCGCUUUAUCAUAUUUAAUAAAAAAAUAGUACUAAAUUCACUUUUUUGACUUGGGGAUUGGGUUAUCAUUUCAGUUUCUGUUUGAUACUUAUAAAAGGUGCUGACUGGUCACAAGCUUACAUCUUGCGUAUACCCAAAUUGUAACUCUGAAGUGGUUCAUUUAAAUUCUUUUGAAUGUGAAUUAUUUUGUUUGUUAAUAACAUGAAAUAAUGGUUAAUUGUAUAUCCAUAGAAAUAUCACUUUGCUGUAAGUAUCA